AUGGUUCAAUUGCCACAGGAAGAUAUUGUGCAGCUCUUGCAAAACUGCGACGAUAAAUACCACGCGCUUGUGAAAUGGAUUACCGAUUGUUUACGUCUUGUGCAUUCAGAUACGGUUAGAGCUGAAUUCAUAUGCAAACAAAUACAGGAAUUUGUGAGACUCGUGAAUGCCAAAGGAGACGAGUGGUCAGAACUGUCACUAGUUGUAUGCCAACAACUUUCGUGUCUAUAUAUGGUAAACAUAAAGUUGUUGAAGGGUAUUGCUGGCAAUACUGUCUAUGAUUCAGUAGUCGAACUGAGCAAGGUUAUAUCCGAGGAAAGACCUGGUAGUCAACCUUUCAAGAAAAGCAAGAAGAAGGCAUAUAUUUACUCUCCCGCUAAGCUUGUCAGUACCGUUAUUCUUCGACAAUGCGUCAUAUGUCAGGUUACAGAGUUGAAACCCUUCUUUCCAUGCCUAUUAACCGAAACUCUGAAAAGUAUUAAGAAGAUGGUUGAAAAGCCAAAAUACAUGCAUGGCGGAUAUCUUGGUCAAUUAAUGCUACUAGUAGCAGGGAUUUAUGAGAGGGAUCCUAAUGUGGACUCUGCGAUCACGUCAAAGUACAUUAAAACUUUCAAACUGAUAUUAGAAUCAGCAAGAACAGACGAAGACGCAUAUCCGGCUUUGCCUUUAUGUGCCAUUAUCCGUGUUUAUGGAUAUUUGUACAAAAGUGAUCGAUUUUUAGAGGGACAAGUUUCCAGCAAUCACCUGGAAUAUUUGCGAACCAAAUUCCUUAUAGACGGUUAUGGGUUAUAUGGAUUCUUUCGUGAUAACUUACGUCAAGAAACAAGUACCUGUCUUGCAGAAAUCCUUCAUGAUUGGUACUUCGAAAAGAAACUUGUUUUGCUGGAGGACAUAAUCACAUUCUUAAGUGAUCUUUUUAUCACUUACGAUAACCGCUGUACCGAAGUAGGGAUGCAUGAGACGUUAAUCCACUUUUUCAACCUGUCUUUAUCUCAUAAUGAGGAUUGUCUAACUAGCGAGAAGUACCUGACUGUUAUAACGACGCUAACAUUUUCGAUCUUUGAAAACCCAAAAGUCAGAGACCGAAAACUUGAUUAUAUCUCAAGGUGCAUGAAGUACUUUGAAAUCCUUCAUGGCCUGAUACUUUGCCAUAUGAGUGAGUCUUCCCAAUUAUUGAUGCUUUUUUCGCUUUUUGAUUGUGAGAAAGAGAAUACCGCACAUUUAACCUUAGAUAAAGAAGGCGCUAUAGCAGUCUUUCCAGCAAUUGUCUUCCUGCAGUUUGGACGGACACUUAUGAACAUGCUGUCUGCAACAUUCUCCUCUAAUUUGCGUAAAGUACUCUGGAUAAGAUCUAAGCUGUUAGACCUGUCAAUCAACGACAACUUUCAAGUCAGAAUUCAUGCCGCCAAGACGUUAAAAACUUUUUUGACACAUGUUCCCAGUUUCUUACCGGACAUAUUGAAUUCCACUUUGGAUACUCUAUCGAAAAAUCUCUUUGCCUCGAAAUCUUUCUCUUUCUCCAAAUGCCACGGGCUUGCGUUUAUCCUGGCCAGUUUAGCUGAUAUUUCUGAACCCGAAAAUGUUCCUAGUGAGCUUAUAAUGAGAAUCAAUAUAUUUGCUACAACAAUAUUGAAGGACCACCCGCCAAGCAGUGCAUUGGGUAAUUACUAUAAGCAACUCAUUGCUUGGAUUUUACUAUGUGGAUUAAUUAAUUACAAAAACGAUGAUUUUCUGCGCAUUCAAUCCUCCCAACUGUUUUUGUUUUGGAAAAGCAUUUUAACUCAUAACUUUAGUUACCGAGACGAGGAUGAACUCUACAAAAACGUUGAAUUAAGGAAUCACGCUCUCGCCUGUCUAUUGUCAUACCUCAAUAAAAUUAACUUGGAUGCUGCUUUAGCGAAGCAGGUAUCUUUCCUCUUAACCAAGUGUUCGACCUUUAACAACUCUGUGCAGAUCAAAACUAAAACUAUUGACAAUAUUUUGCUCCAAAAUGAAAGUCGGCUUUUACAAGUUUACCUUAAAAUACACGAUUUUGUGAAACACGAUUUCAACAGUGCAAUUCUCAUCCUAAUCGUGAAAAAUUUUGCGGACCCUAAUCUGUACACAGAGCCAUCGCAUUCAUUUUUGGAUGGUAUCACUGCAGCUCAAGAUAAGUCCUCAAAAGGAAGCUCGUUAUUGACAGAAUCACAGUCUAUUAGGAAAUUAUUUUGCGAUAACUCGGGUUUCGCUUAUGGGCUUUCAAGUAAAAUAGAGAAGUUUUCUAUUGAUGAAUUGAAAGUUAAAAAUAGUGGUAGUGUUAAAGCAAAAUCCUUGGAGCCCUGGGAUGGAUAUCGCGCAUUCAUCUUUAGUGACUUGGAAGCUGAAAUAUACAGGCCAAUUUCAUCAGUUUUCUCGUAUGACUGUCUCAUAACGCUGUAUGGGAUUAAUGGGUACUCUGAAAGGGAAGAAUACUCUCCUCGGGUAACUACAUCAAUAAUCAACUCAUCGAUGGAGGUAUUUUCGCUCAUAUUUCCGUACUUGAAUGACAAAAUCCAAUGUUCAGUUCUCGAAAGUAUGAACUCAUGCAUAUUUUCGAAGAAAACCGUUACUUCAAGAUCCAUGGCUAUCUCCUUCAAUAGCUGUGUUGCCAUUUAUAGUGCUCUCGUCGUGAUUAACAAUGAUUCUUUGUCUCUACGGGAAUCAGUGGCGAGCCUUAUUUUGAAAAUUGUCAAAGGAAUUCCAUCUUAUGGUGAUGAAUUUUUAGUCAGGAUUAAGGCUGAAUGUGUUGGUUUGACUUUAUCUGCUGUGUCCAAAAUGAACUGCGCCGAAGAUACAGAUGAUCUAGAAUUUGCUCACGGUAUUACUGAAGUUUUGGUAAAGGAUAUUUUGGACUGUAACGAGCCAUUUUCUCGAGUCUUCAAUGUUUUGAGUUUAUCGUCCAUCUUUCGUUAUAAGCGGUCAAAUGUCAGCUUUUUGAGAACCCUGGGAAUUCUGGAGGAUUUGAUCAAAGAUCCCCACCCCAUAGUUCAUGCCUGGUCUUUAGAAGCCUUAUCUAUUUUGAUAGAAGGCGCUGGAACUAUUGAUAACAGAACGGCUUCCAAAAUAUUAAUUUUGCUUCAGGACGUCUUUAUUGGAAGCUCCUACGGUAAAAAUGCUUCUCCUUCAUGGUCUCUUAACUAUUAUUCUCUGUGGGAUACACACCGGAUUAUUACUAAAAUAUUUCAAAACCUCACUCAGUUAAUGGGUCCUGAGAUAAAAACUUUAUCUGAACAUGCAUUAACUAUCUUCAACAAUAUCUUAUUUCUAUCAGUCGGGAUACCUGAUAUUAUCUCUAAUGCUUACGGCGUGGGUACUAUCACGAAUUUGGCAGCAUUCAAAUUAUACGAAGAGUUUGGUGUUAAGGCUAUCAUCUCUGCUGCUACUUUUCUAAUACGUCAAGAACUGUGCUUGAAUCUGUCAGACUUAAAAUAUGGCUCCUUGUUAGCGCCCUGUGGUGUUGUUUCUUCAGGACCUUACAACCAUUUUGCUACAAGCACAGGAUUUGCAGCUAUCAAUCAACUGGUUAGAUUAGAUUUGCUGAACGAUUCAUAUGAAGAUUUUGAACUUCUCGCUUGGUCCUAUUUCAACUUGACUCCCACCUCGGAGCAAGCCCGAGCGUUUAUCAAAGAUUGGUUUGAUCAUACGUCACUGAACGACAGCUCCUGGGCAGAUAGACUAUAUCAUCUAUACUUCCUCUCAACUCAAAAGUUGUGGAAGUUGGAAAUCGAAAAUAAAAGGCGUCUUGAUAAUUCCUCUGAUUUGGGUUCGAAAGAUCGAACAACGAGUCAAGAUGCAGAGGCUGUAAAUGCCGAAGAAAGAGGUUUUACUGACGAAAGUCACGCAGCUACUAAAGUUGAUCGUUUAGCAUGGCCGACAAGGUUAUUCAUCUUAGAUCUUCUACGAGAGCUCUUUUUGAUGUGUUCAGAAAAGGCCACCCUAAGACACGACUUGCAAUACAACGUCUCUAAAAUGAUUAAAAUCUGCUUUAGCGCCUGCACUAUGAAGCUAGCUGUCAUCAAGAAGGCAGGAAUCGAGCUUCUGGGACUGAUAAUUGGUUUGUUCUCCCCUGAUGAUGAAUUGGCGGCCAAAAAGUUAAAGGAAGAGGAAGCUCCUAUUGUUGGUGCUUUGAUGCCUGCUUUUGAGGAAGGGGGUAACAUAGCAAAUGUGGCUUCUGCUUUAAGUGUAUGUGCUUGUUAUUUGAGCACAACCCGCCAUACCUCAGAGCUCAAUGCGCGCCUUACGGAAUUAUUGGUUAGUUCACUAGCUGCCGUUAUAGAAAAGCCCGAGGUUUUGGUAAUUGGCCAGGUUAGAAUUUCUAGCGUCAAAUGUAAGAAUGACAUUGAAAUGGUGGUAUUGAAAGCCUGGGCAGAUUUGACUAUUAGAGCUGUCGAGAAUGAUAGUGAAGCACUCUUGGAUUUUGUGAAGCCAUUUUGGGAUACGCUCGUGCCAUCAUGGAUUUUAAUUUUGAGGGAGCAGGCAGGCUUGGCUAGUCUAAAUUCUAACACCGGUAAAGGUACUACUUAUGGCGAGGAGUCGGGCAGUGUUAAUGAUUUUGCAAAGCUCAGGGAGUACUGGAUGACUUAUGCGGAAGCUAUAUCGUGCGUGUCACUUAAUGACCCUUCAUCGUUGCAUUCUUUAUUGAAGCAAGCAGAUUUAGAAAGCUUUGUGUUUGUGGUCUACGCACAAUGCUUACAACACUUGACAUUAAACUUUGAGAACAGAGCUCUGAAGUUGAAGAUGUUAGAUAUUGCUCAUAAAUUCCUUAAGAUUGAUGUGUCCAGCGAGCUUUUUUUUAUGGACGACAUUCUGGAAGAAAGUGUUGAAAUUUUCGAGAGAAUAGUGUUCGUUGAUGGUGGAAAGGAGCAAUCGAGCUUAGUUCUUGUCAUUGAGGGUCUUAUCCUUAAAUACUUGGAUCAUUUUGGAAGUGACAACAGGUUUAUCUUGGAGGCCGACAAAGUGUAUCUUUUGAUCAGAGUUCUCAUGAUGAUUAUAAGUUCCAAGAUACCAUUCUUGAAAAAUGAAAGUCUAGACCUUUCACCAAAUACUAAUCAUGGAGAUUUAAAUUUGCUGAAAGUAUGCUUCUCAUCGGUAGCGCGCCUCAUUUGCCAAUUUCCUACUGAAUUCCGCGUUGAUCUGAACGCUUGUAUGCUUUAUAUCAGUGGUCGAAUUAUCGAAUCUAGCCAUAGGGAUGCCCUGGUUCCAACAGUACUCCCCCUGUUGAAGGAAAUACUGUCUAUGGAAGGAACUUCCGAAGAGGAAGCCCGUCUGAUUCUAGUUUUUUUCGAAGCAGGAAAGCAACAGGUUUUGAACAGUCUCCCAAAGGAUUUGGCAAUCGCUACCUUCAUGAUUUUGAGCACUUACGGUGACAAUUGUUUUUCUGACCAAGAUAUUGCGUUGUUUGUUGAACUUUUGUAUGAGAGCUUUUCUGAUGACGAUGCGCGAGAUAUAGCCUUUGGAGCUUUCAAAUCUUCCCUUCGGAAGGCAUCCUCUUCUGUCACCUCAAAGGCCAUUGUGCGGAGAUUACUAUCAAAACUUCUGGCAGCGGCUAAUGAUUGUAAAUUAAGUGAAGCAGGAGUCCUCAGUUUAGUGGAGGUUUUGAUAGUCUUUUCCAAAGAGUACAUUAAAAACGAUCCUGAAACCUCUGAAAGAACAUUGACAUUCUCUCUAUCAUCUUUACUUAUGCUAUACGAACAGAAGGCAGCAGAUUCCGCGAUGGUUUUUCAAAGUAUCACUUCACUGUUCGAGAUGGACCUUGAACAAUGUAAAACUAUUUUGAAUGAUAAGUUUGACUCAAGGAGGAGGUUACUAUUCUCAGAACUUGUAACUAGCUGUGGUAAGGGAGAUAAAGUGGUGUCUAAUAUGUCCUCGGAGAAUAAUAUAGAGCUCAAAACUUUUAUUUAA